CUUUCAAGCAUAGUUCAAAGCCUAGGAUACCCACGCGCAAAACAGGCACCAGCAUGACCUCAAGUGCAUUAAAUCAUCAAAGAAACUGCACUGGCACUAGUAACGGGCACGCCGUAUACAAAUCUGGAAGUUAUCAAGUGGUGUUCACCAAUGAUAUCGACAGCAGUGACUUGCCUGUGGAAGUAACUUUGGUGCAGCAGCCAGUGUCGACUUCUUCGCAGGUACAGGAAGAGGCAGGCAUUAGUACCACAGGCACGCUGAUGACCACUGAUACUGCGGACAAGGAGCAGCGUGGACAGACUCGCAGGGUUAGGUCUAUUGCCAGGCAGGAUAUUGACCGGCCGCUGCUGAUCGUCGCAGGCGCCGGAUCUGGCAAGACCAACACACUGUGUACUCGGGCUAUCGAGAUGAUCAAGCAGGGAGUGGCGGCUGAGACCAUCAUGGUCAUCACGUUCACGAAUAAGGCUGCAGGUGAGCUGAGUGAGCGCAUUGGUAAGCUCAUGGAGGCUAAUGGAAUGAAGGGUGCAUCGCCACCACAUUCAUCAACCUUCCACUCGUGGUGCUACAAACUCAUAAGGGAGUAUUAUGUUAAGCUGGGACUAUCAGAGGCCCCAGAUAUUGUUACUGAGGAUGGUGAUCUCAAGCUCGCACUCCAUCUUGGGUUUGUCUUGCUCGACGACUGCCACAUGCUGGUUCAGUGCGAAACCAUGCUCGCUAUCCCGCCUCCAGACAGCGGUGAUGGCCCAGGUGGACAGGGCAUGAUCCUGAAAAAGGACCGCCUGAGGCGCUGGGAUGCUGUCAAGGCGCAGGCAACCGACAGACUGGACUGGCAGGAGCCUCCUGCGGAUCCAGCACCGGAUGGUGGCGUGGAGCAGAAUGUUAGAACUAAGCUCAACAGCACCAUGCUGAAAAGCGACUUCGCAGCCCAUUCUGUGCUGUACCACUUCCUGCGCGGCCAUUUCCACAGGAUCAGAGGGCUCCGUGACAUCACUGCCAGACCACUUGCUCGUCCGCUGCAUCCUCCCGGCCAUUCUGGCUUCGCACAGUCCGAUGCUUACUAUGCAUAUCAUUUGGGAUUUGUUCAAUCCAGCAAGACGCGCGGAUACCUGGCUACGAGCUACGACAUCCAGAAGCGGUCCAUGAUCGAGGCGUACAAUGCGGUUCUGCGUAUGGCUAACGUGGUGGACUAUGAUGACAUGUUGGCAAUGGCCAACGACGUGCUCAAGAGCCCGACCAUCCUGCAGAUCACACGCGAAAAGUACAGGUACCUGCUGAUCGACGAGUUCCAGGAUCUUAACACAGUGCAGAUGGAUCUGGUCAUGCUCCUGCAGAAGGACGCUGGCCGCGUCACAGCAGUCGGCGACGAGCGACAGAGCAUCUAUGGCUUCCGUGGUGCCACAUGCAAAAGCAACUUUAGCAGGUUCCUGGAAAACUUUGUUGAUGCCAAUAUGGCCAACACCAACAAUGUGCCCAGAAGCCUCGUUGGAAGCAUGGAGUCGCUAGUCAUCAACUACCGGUCGCACCGGAGCAUCGUUGACCUAGGCAAUAUCGUUGCUACUGCUGUGAAUACCAAUAGCGAGAAUCUGCUGACGCGGCUGCGUGUUCCGUUGCAGGUACAGCCGUCUGUGCCCAUGAUGCCUGUGGUGGUAUCUAGCAGCGAGACUGCGGAAUCUGAGGCCAGAUUGAUAGCAGGGAAGAUCCGGUCGCUAGUCCACUCCAGAGCGUGCCAACCAAAGGAUAUCGCGGUGCUGUUCCGGGCCCUCAAGCUAAAGCGCCACCGGCCGUCAGCCUGCCUGGAAAUCGAGCUACUGGAUCUAGGGAUUCCAUAUGUCAUCCGUGGCGGUGCAUCGUUCAUUGGAGGCGCAUCUGUUCAGAACCUUCUGGCGCCGCUGAGGCUAAUGGUUGAUCGCACAGAUGACGCUGCCAUGCGUACUUGCCUCAGUGAGUUUGUACCGAAUAUUGGACCAAGGUUCAUAGAGCGCAUCUGUGCCAUGGAGCCUGACGCUAGCGGCGACAGUAGUGUGUACGGAAAGGCAGAGCGUGUUCUGGACACGAAAGUGCUACCGAAACAUGCACGGGCCAGCCUGAAGCAGUUCAUGGAUACCAUCGGGCAGUGGGAUCAGGGCAUAGGUGAAAUGACGCUGCAAGAGCUUGUGUCCACUGUCUGCUGCGAGUACGCCGUUGAUGGCCUCGCCAUGGCCAUGGCGGAGCUUAGCAUCACCAGUGCUAGGAGGUCCAGGAGCGAUGGGUCUGGCAGCGAGCAGAACUUUGGCCAAAAAUCCAUCACCACGAUGCUGCGCAAUACCGUCGCUAUCUUUUUCUCUGGACGCGUCCAAGGCGCUGCCGCGGUGAAACUGCGGUUCAAGGACAGCGACAUGUGCUCACACGCGAUGCUGCGUGCGUUCCUGGCCUAUGUGUCACUGAUGGCCGGGAUUUCCAAGGACACUAGCUGGGCAGGCGUGGAUGCGGUGGUUAUUUCGACUGUGCACCAGGCAAAGGGCCUGGAGUGGGAGCACGUAUUCAUUUCGAACUUCAACGAGGGUACAUUCCCGAUGAAGUACCGUGGUGACCCAGAUGCGGUGACGGCCCGACUAGACCGCCCUGUGGAAGAAGCAGACUCGGCUGAGAAAAACUACUAUAACGAGGAAAGCAAUAUUGCAUACGUCGCCAUCACACGGGCCAAGCGCGGUCUUUAUAUUUCGGUUAUUGAGACUAAUCCGUUCUACGGGAUGGCCAGGUCAUCUGGAGUCAGGGCUGUACCGUCACGAUACUUACCCGUGGCCAUGUGGCCGCUAAAGUAG